UUCCGGUCCACACUCCAUAUCAGUAGGUGGCGGUAAUACACCAAAAAGUUGUUUGUCAACCGCCAUAAAACAACACAAAGAAGAAGAAGAAGAAGUCCGCUAACAGCCGCGUGGUGGCAGCAUUGAGCUAACCGUGCAUAGUUACUCUACCGGAAAUAAGGAGUAGAAGAAGAAUGUAACGUAGGGGGGAAAAAAAGCUCCAGUACUAUCGCCGCGUCGGAUGAUUAGCUAAUAGUAAAACACUGUAAGACUACUGACACUUCACCUCUCUUCUCAGCGCUACGAAACGGUGGAAAGUUUUCAGUAAUGUAUAUUGGUCCGUCAUUUACACUUUGAGAUAGAUAGAUAGAUAAAUAGAUAGAUAGAUGACAGUGUAGCAGCAGCAUUACACACAGAGACAAUAACAACACAAUUAAAUAAGAACAACCUAGGCAUACUUUUAAGAAUUCAUGCUCAAAUGCAUGGAGUGGCCACUUUAAGUGAGGGUGCGGGCCGUAUGCGGCCCCCGGGCCUCCAGUUGCCCAUCCCUGGUGUAGUUACAGCAGUUAGCCUUUGUAGGGCAGCAUACAACUACCUGUAAGUUCCAGCAAGUCCGCUAACAGCCGCGUGGUGGCAGCAUUGAGCUAACCGUGCCUAGUUACUCUACCGGAAAUAAGGAGUAGAAGAAGAAUGUAACGUAGGGGGAAAAAAAAGCUCCAGUACUAUCGCCGCGUCGGAUGAUUAGCUAAUAGUAAAACACUGUAAGACUACUGACACUUCACCUCUCUUCUCAGCGCUACGAAACGGUGGAAAGUUUUCAGUAAUGUAUAUUGGUCCGUCAUUUACACGUUGAAGCCUCUUUCGCAGCGCUGAUAAUGCUGAAAAUGAAGCUACCGAUGAAAACGGGCGAGGAAGGAGGCGACGAGACGGCCGAGGACGAUUCAUUGGAGCAGUCGGAGCAGCAGCAUGUCCCCAGGGCGCUCCCUCCGUCCUCGGGGUCCUACGGGCUGGAUGAGCCGCCUAGACCUGGUGUGUAUCCAUCCCAGCUGGACAAGGAGACCGUGUUUGAGUGGUUUGGCCUCCAUCUAAACCCCGCUAAGCGGAUCGAGUUCAUGUGCGGGCUGCUACAUAUGUGCCAACCACUGGAGCUCCGCUUUCUGGGAUCUUACUUGGAGGACCUCGCCAGGAAAGAUUACCAUGUUUUAAGAGACUUUGAGUUCCGGGCGAAUAGUCCGAGCGAUCUGGGAGUUUUAACGGACGUGGUUGAUCCUGUGGUUCGGUCCAAACUCCUGGUGUGCCUGUCCCUGCUCGGCUCUGACAGCAGGGAGUGUGCUGGGAUACUAUUUCGGAUACUGAGCCAUGUAGAUCCGGCCUUGUUCUGCAAAAACUAUCACUACUCCCUUCCUCCAUUCAGGGAGCCGCACUACCACUCGUCCCCUCCACCAGAGCAGCCCUGCGGCUCCUCCGCUGCAGAAGGAGCGGCUGGACCUCUGGAGCAGUUGGCGCUGCUGUUCGCCAUGGCCUCUCUUCAUCCAGCUUUCCACUUCCACCAGCGGGAGAUGGUCCGCGGGCAGCUCGACAAAAUAGAGCUUGCCAUUGAGGAGGAGAGACGUCAAAGUCAGCUUAGAAUAAACGCCCAGAUAACGGAGUUGGCGGGUAAGAAGGCAGAUUAUCUUCCUACCCCAGUGCUGGGUCUGGGGGAAUGUACAGCCUCCCAUCCUCCCUGCCAGAGCCGGCGCUCCAGCCGCUGGGCAGCGCAAAGAGAAGCAGUUCAUAUAGAGGGAAUUGUGCUCAGGGGCAUCUCUCGGACCAGAAUAGACAAGGAAUACAACUUUGAGGUGAAGUGGUCAGACUCUUCUUCUAGCAGUGUGACCAAAACCCAUCUGGAACUGGAGAAUUUCCUUCUUAAGCUUCCUAAGGAUCAAUGUACCGAAUCUUUUGAGAAGAGCAUCCUGAGACUUCUGAACCAGGGGGACCGGAAUGAGAGCAGAGAGGUGGAGAACAGCCUCAGGGAAAGGUUCCUGUCUGCUCCUCCAGUCUUCAAACAGACCCGAAAGGUCUGCAGCUUCUUCAAUUGUGACUCCAGUUACUCUACAAAGCCCACUUGCUGCAGAUGCAACUGCCAGCUGGGUAAAGCCUAUCAAGGAGACUGUUCUGAUGCAUCCAGUCAGGAAGAAGAUUUAGAGUCGUAUGCUCAGGGACACAAGAAAAAGCACGGGGCCAAGAGUCCAUGUCAGGGUCUCUCUAGUGCCAAGGGCUCCCAGGGGGAGAGUCGGAGGAGCAGCCACUCUGCAGAGCUCAACGGUCCAGCAGAGAGGAGGAAGAGCUGCUCACUGAGGAGCAGUCAGGAGGCUGAGCAGCACCAGGACACUGACAAGAGGAGCCACCCAGUCACUAAAACAAAGAGCCGGGGCCUGCCCACAGACAGGGACAAGGGGACGGGGAAGGGGGCCGGCUUCGUCGCCAACGGUAGGUUGGUAGCAGCGCUGUCACCUAAGAGGAAAGAUGGAGGUUCUGGUCCAGAUACCUUUGAAGAAACCUCAUCAGAAAGCUACAGCUCUCCAUCAAGCCCUCAACACCGAGGACCAGGGAGCCUGGACAGUGAGGACGACAAUAACAAAGACACAGACAGCCACUCUGAUGAAGGUCCAGGCCCAGACAUGUUCUUCACCCACCAGGUGGAUCCUGUAGUGGGGGAGGCCUCCUCUGCCCACCCAGCUCAGACGGAGCAGCUCCCAGAGACCAGCACAGACUUCCAUCCUCUCUCCUUCAUGCGUCCUCAUCCCUUCCUGCUCCCUAACGGCUCUGCUGACUCUCCACUUCCACUGGUCCCUCCCCCCAGCCUUCCCAUCGUCCCCGAUGGGAAACACUCGUCUGGGACGCUGAUAAUGCAGAUGCCCCUAGUGCCUCCAGGUGUCCCGGGCCCUGGAAUCGUUGGAGAUCCAGAGAAGAGGGACAUGCUCCCGACGUUUGGGAUUUCACCUAUCGGCCUCCACGCUUCAGGAAAUCCUGCUGUGCAGCCUCAAGUUCUAAGGUUCAAAACGGCUAUGUCCCGCAGCCAAGGUGGCGCUGACGGAGCUCCAGGGAGCGGUUCUAAUCCCGCUGCUCCACAGGCUCCACACCAGGCUCCUGUAGGAGCCAUCAGUGUCAUGUCUCCUGGCCCCACAUCCUACUCCUCUCCACUUCAGCAGUCUCUGCCCUGCCAGGACCUGGCGGCCGUCAGCUCAGGCCUGGCCCCCUCUCUGCCACAUGUGGAGACUUCAAUUGCCAAGCAUCCCGGCUUAACCUUACCGUCUGGCCUGCCUUCUCCCUACACCCUGCCCCCGGGGCCCACCUCCGUCAUGCCUCCCUUGGGAGCACCUGCAGCCACUGGAAUAGCCCCGUCACCAGGACAUGUCCAAGCAGCUGUUCCUCCAGCCGUGCCCACCCACACCCCUGGCCCCGCCCCCAGCCCCAGCCCCGCCCUUACUCACAGCACGGCACACAGCGACUGUACGUCCUACAGCAACAGCAGCGCUUCCUGUGGAAGUGCACCUGGCAACACUAUUAAUCUUCAGCAAACCCAGCAGCAACAGUUGCCCCCCCAGCAGCCAACACCACCGCAACAACAAGCACAACAGCAGCAGCAGCAGCAGCAAGCGAUGGGCUGCGGGACCUGCGGUUGCCACAACAACUGUGGCGGCCGAGGCAGCGUCAGCAACAACAACAGUGUCAGCGCUGCUCCCACCGCACCCUUGUUCUUCUCCCACCAGAUGGCAGCAGCAGCACGGCAGGUGUUCAGCGUUCCUCCGCCUCUCUUCCAGCUCACCAGCCUGUGCAGUAACAGUUACCUGACCCAGGCCCAGCCCCCCCACCAGGCCAACGGCGCCGCCACCAUGCCACCCUUCUUCCCGUCCCCGUACGGCCCCCUCCACAGUCACUCUCACAGCCACGCAGACAUGCCGUCUCCCAUGCUGUGCACCCACCCUGCAAACUACAACCUCCAGCAGCAGCAGAUGGCACCAGCAGCAUCGUUCUGCCAGCGAGUCUACCAGCACGUGUACCCAAACCCCCUGGGGAUGCUGCCCGCCGCUGCACUGGGGGGAGGCGGAGUCAAUAAGAAGAGCGGCAAUGUGUCCUGUUAUAACUGUGGUGUGACUGGCCACUAUGCUCAGGACUGCAACCAACCCUCCAUAGACUCUACACAGCAAGGUGGCUUCCGGUUAAAGUACGCAGCCUCCCACAUUUCAGAAGCACUUGACAAUGCAGACUGAAGAAGAAGAAGAAGAAAGGACGAAGAGGAGAUUCCACAGUGACGGUCGUCCGUUCUUCCCCAGGCACUGUGUGUGAGCAGUGCACUGAAGCCUCUGUGUACUUCAGGAAAGAAAAAAAAAAAACAUUCUCAAAAAGAAAGUGACCUGCCAAGGGCUCAGUGGACAAAGCCUAAGUACUUGUGCCUGAGAAAAUCUUGUUCCCAUGGAGAGGAUUCACUGUCUCGUGCACACCAACAGUCCACGUGACUCCCGGUCCCUUCCCUUUUAGUUUCUCUUUGAUAUUUUUGCACUGAGGGUUGGAAAGAAUUAACUUAUUACUUAAUUAUUAGGACGAGAUUUUGAGGAUUUUUUUUUCUUGUUUUUACAUUACAGCGGAGUCUCAGCUGAAAAAAAAAGUUCUUCUACACUUAUUUCUAAAACGGCGUAUUUAUGCUUUUUUUCCUCAUUAUUACUGUUCACUUAGGAUUUUAUUGGCAGACGGAAUUGUACAGCAGUUUUCAAAGAUGGAAAAUGACAAAAAAUAAUGUUAGCAAAAUGGAUUUAAUGUUUGUUUUCAUUUUAAUUUUGCUGUAAGGUUUUUGAAUGUACACCUUGUCAUUUAAGGAAACUGACUGUAUCCAAGUGCAUGGAUCUCAUGCAUUUUGCCACUUGAUGUAUGUUGUGGUUGGAAGGUAAUUGCUGCUUUGUAAUGUUUUUUUUUUUUUGUUUUUCAAACUAGUUUUACUUGGUGAAAUGCACUAUAGCAAAGCAGGAACACAAGUGCACUAAAACAGUCCGCACUACAACCAAGCAGAUUUAAGGAUUUAUUCAUUUUUUUCCAAAAUCGACAAGAAAAAGCAGACUAAUCAGCAUUUUGACUGUUUUAGUGUAGUAUUUCAGGUGUGAAACAGUUUUUUAUGGCUAAUAUUUUAGAGAGCGUGAGAUCUCAGUGUUCUAAAUCAAACUACAGAUACUGUAUUUCUAUAGUUGAAGAGAAAAUCUUUCCAACUUGAUCCCAGUUGAGUAAAAACAACAGUUGUUGUGUUUGGUCAUGAGCUAGAUAUGUUGACAUCUAGCUGUACUGCUGUGGUAUUGUUGGGUGCUGUCUUAGAGAGGAUUUAGACUGUCAAGCUUACAUUGUUUAAAUGUAGGAGAAUAAAGUACAGAAAUUUCA